GAUUCUAGUAAGUUUUUCCCUCUCUCACAUUUUCACGCUUCGAUCAUCUUUAUUAUAUUUGUCAUCAUCGCCAUCAUAACUACUAUUAAACAACAUCUGAAUUCCCUCCAACGAUUUACUCAAGUUACUCCAAAACACCCUUCUCUUCUUUUUUCUUGUUUGAGAGAGACGGAAAGAUUUUUAUGUAUAGGUCGACAAAGCUUAUGCAUGUGGAUUUAGAUAAGGAAGUUGGGACAGUCGACAGCUCUGAAGAAAAAACAGCCGAACCAGAAGGAAGAGAAAUCUUAGAGCCGUAUGUGGGUAUGGAAUUUGAAUCUGAAGAUGAUGCUAGGAAAUUCUACGUAGAGUAUGCCAGACAGGUUGGAUUUGUGGUGCGCAUUAUGCAGCGCCGUCGUUCAGGAAUUGAUGGAAGAACUCUUGCUCGCCGUCUAGGAUGUAACAAACAGGGCUUCUCUCCUAAUCAUAAGGGCACAUUUGGACCAGACAAGAAGCCACGCCCCAGCGCACGAGAAGGUUGCAAAGCUACUAUCUUGGUAAAGAUGGAAAAGACUGGAAAAUGGGUUGUUACGAGAUUUGUAAAGGAGCAUAAUCAUCCUCUUAUUGCGACAGCCAAUGGAUUCAGUACUACGGGUGAUAAGGACAAGAAAAUUGAAGAACUCUCUAUGGAGUUAGCGCAUCAAGAGCAAUUAUGUUCAGCUUAUCGAGAAAAGUUGUUCACUUUUAUGAAUAACGUAGAGGAGCAAACAGAAGAACUAUCUUCAAAAAUUCAAGUUAUUGUUGACAAUGUUAGGAAGCUUGAAUCUGAAACGCAGAGAUUCUCCCACCGAAGAUAGCCUUGGCAUUAUACUUGACUACUUAUCUGUGGUGAGACUUGUAUAUUUGGUUUCUUGGAAGCUUUUAAUCAUGUACAGAAUUCUUUAGGAUCAUUUUGUUCUAGUUAAGAUGCUUAACAUUUAACAUUGUGGAAUGAACUUUAAAGCAUCUUGUUAGAUGAAAUGAAAGCUUCAUGAUUCUCUGUCCCAUAUUGUGGGUUGAUUUGGAAACAAAAGUCUGAAAAUGGUUAUACUCUUGGAAGGAGAAAACCUUUUUGCCCCUAUUAGGAGCACCCUCUUGGAAGCUGCAGCUAGAAACCAGAGACCUGCUGCCAAACAGCUGAAAUGGUCAUUAUUGGUGGACAGGACUAUGGUCAGCUGAGUAAUGCAAGGACAAUGGAAUCCAAGUUGACAGUAAAAUUGCUUUUAUCGACAGUCAAAAUUUACAAGUUUCAUCCUAGUCUUGGAGAUUUGUUAGCCUCUCUGAGAUUGCUCUUUGUAAAGUAAACCAACCUUGAUGUGAUUCUGUGGCUUUUUUGAGAUCACUCUUCGAAUAAGAAAGCCUUCAUAGCA